AUGCUCCUGAUCCAACGAGAAGUCCUCGACCCACCGGGCGGGACUCCGAAGAACGACAACCGAGCGAUCUUGGGCCUGGACCUGCAGAGCGCCUUCGACAACGUCAGGCACUCGGCGGUCCUGGCUCAGGUGUCCCGCCUGGGGCUGGGCGCAAGAUCAUACAUCUACAUCGGAGCCUUCCUCUCUCGCCGCACGGCCAGGCUGGAGGUGGGAGGAACGAAGCUCGAAGAACGAGAGCUGGGCAGUGUCGGGACCCCACAGGGCUCGGUCAUCUCCCCGUUCCUGUUUAACAUCGUCAUGAUCGAGGUGGCCAAACGCCUGGAGGCGCUGGGCCCGGGGAUCCGACAGUGCCUCUACGCCGACGACGUAACCAUCUGGGCCACGGGUGGAAAUGACGGAGACAUCGAAGCGGGCCUGCAGGCGGCGGUGGACGCCGUGGAGUCUGCGCUCUCGGGCACGGGCUUGCGGUGUUCGCCGCAAAAAUCACAGCUACUCAUCCUGCCUCCACCUGGGAGGCACAGAGAGAAGGCAAGCCAAGAGGCAGCCGAGAACAUCAUCGUGCGCACCAGUGACGGUGUGCCGAUCCCGCACGUCCCGGGGCUCCGAGUCCUGGGGAUGUUCGUGGACGGCACCCAGACCAACGCCACGGCGAUCAAGAACAUCACAACCAAGAUUUGCAUCGCGGCGCGCCUGGUCAAGCGAGUAUCGUCCCGCUACCGGGGCAUGAACGAGAGGGGGCUCCUGCGUCUGCUGCAGGCUUUCGUUAUAAGCCACGCGGCAUAUGCGGGGGCCUUCCACCGCUGGACCGGCGCGGAACGAGCCAAGAUCCACGCCGCCAUCCGGAAGGCCUACGCGGGGGCUCUCGGGCUCCUACCAGGCACAGAGAGAACAGCCUUGCUGUCUCUGGGAGCACACAACACGCUCUCGGAGAUCAGCGAGGCCCAGAGAGCUUCGCAGCUGAGCCGCCUGAGCAGCACAGCCGCGGGCAGAUUACUCGAUCGGGUGGGAUUACUACCUCCAGGAGAACGCCCGGGAGCAGGACCGGACGGGGAGCCAGAAGAACAAGUCCCCCUGAGCGACGAGGCAGCGAGGAAGAUCAUCGUCUACCCGCUGCCAAAGAACACGAACCCAAGAAGGGAUGCGGGCAGGCGAGCGGCGAGAGCAGCGGCGCUGGCCCGGCAACAUCAGAGAGACGAGGACGCAGUCUACGUGGACGCCGCAAGGUAUCCGGGAAGACGCAACGCCUUCGCAGCGGUGGUGGUCAGCGCUACUACCGGUAAACUACUAACGGCAUGCACCGUGCGCGCCCGAACAGCCGGCCAGGCAGAGGAGGUGGCGAUAGCCCUGGCCACAGGUUGGCCGGGCACGCGCACGGUGCUAAGCGACUCGAAGCAGGCAAUCAAGAAUUUUGCCCGAGGCGUGGUCUGGCGGGGCACGGAGCGGCUAGUGAGGUCCAUCGUGGCUUCGCGGGCUGCUUGCGGUGCCGCUGCAGGGCCAACCAUCGCUCUCAAAUGGUUCCCAGCCCACAUAGGACGACAACUGGCUCCCGAUAUCGAGAACCGCAACGAGGAGGCGGACGCUGUGGCCCGUGAUCUCAUCACGUGCCGGACCGCGGCAGCCCGACCCCCCCGAAACCAGCGGUGA